AAUAAUUAUUCCUACAAAAAGAGAAUCGUAUAAUAAAUGUUUGAGAUAUGAAUGGUUCGAGUGAUCUCAGCUGAAGUCAGUCUAUAAAAUAUUGCUUGGACUGUUCAAUGACUCAUUCGUUCGUAACACGUUCAACGAGAUAGUUCAAGUUAUCAUUGAUUUUUAAGAGUUGACAAUUGGUCAAUGUGAUCUUAUGUUUAAUUGAAAUUUGUGAAGAAAUGGCCGAAGAGACACAGUCAUGGUUGAACCUACAGUUCGUGGAAAAUAUCUUGAAGAAAUCUGAGAACGACGAUUCGAUAAGAGUGAUCGAUAUAUUUUCAAAACCGGCAACGUCUAAAGGGGACAACUAUACCAGCGACAUGUACAGAUUAUCGGUUGAAAUUUCAUGCAAACAAGGUGGUCAACGUGAAAUUACAAAAAAAAAAUCUCUAAUUGUUAAAGUUGCACCAAGUGGUGAUACGUUGAAAAGUGACUUGAUUGAAAAAUCACAGAUCUUCGAUACGGAAAUGUCGAUGAUGAUGAACCUGUUGAAGAAGAUGAAUGACCUAGUUGGACCAGCACAUAUUUUAGGGGCAAGGGUUUUUUACAUUCAAAAAGAAUAUCCGGUGUUUCUAGUGAUAGAGGAUCUAGCACCUCUUGGAUUUCGCAUGGCUGAUCGUCAAGCCGGUCUUGACCUAGCUCACUCCUUGUUGGCUAUGCGAGGAUUGGCUAGAUUUCACGCUAGUAGCUUAGCCGUAUGCGAAAAGGAACCAAAUCAUAAAACAAUUUAUACCAAAGGAAUAUAUUACAGCGGACAUCCACCAGAAUUGACAUGUUUCUUUUCACUAGGAACAAAAUCUUUAGCAGCACAAGUAAAAAACUGGCCUAAUUUUGAGAAAUAUGCGGAGAAAAUCGAUAAGUUAUCGGACAAAAUCUAUUCAGAAACUUGCAAAGUAAUUAAAUGCAGAGAUGACGAAUUUAAUGUUAUAAAUCAUGGUGACUUUUGGGUGAACAAUAUGAUGUUUCGUUACAACGAUGAAAGAAAACCGAUCGAUCAUAUCUUUGUGGAUUUUCAAAUGUGUACUUAUACAUCACCUGCAUUAGAUUUGCAAUAUUUUCUUAGUACAAGUCCUAACGAUGACGUUUAUGAAAAUAAAAAGGACACUUUGAUAAACGAAUAUUAUACAACAUUGUGUAACACGAUGAAACAAUUGAAUUGCAAAACCCAACCACCGAGUAUGGAAAAAUUACAAAAGCAAAUCAAAGAUUAUGAGAUAGUUGCUAUGAUAAGUUCGUUUGCUAUUCUACCGUUGGUACUUAUAGAUAAAAAAGAAGCUAAAGAUCUCAAUGAGAUUAUGUCAACUGAUGGUAGUUAUGACGAUACAGCAUAUAAAACUGAUAUUUAUCGUAAAGUAAUAAGCAAGAGGAUUCCUUAUUAUGAUCAAUUAGGAUUAUUGGAUCUUUAAUUAGAUCUUUAAUUAGAUACGUGUGUUUUUUUGGUUUUUUUUAAAUACACGGGUUAUAGAUAAUUUUGACAUCAAUCGAUGUGUCAAGUAUAGAUCGUUGCAAUUUCAAACUUAUUAUAGUUGAAGAAUAAUAGACAAAGAGUGAAACAGAGAGAGAGAGAGAGAGAGAAUAAUAAAAUUUAUUCAAUCGUAUGAAAUGUAAAAAACAAAUUUUUACGUACGUACGAUAAGAAGUUUAAUAGAAAUUGUUAAUUAAAAAGUACGUUAUUGUUAAUCUAACAUUAAUACGUAACAAGUGUGCACGAUAGAACAAAGAAAAACAAA